UUCGAUGGCAGGACGAGGGCGCUGAUUCCUUCGGGAAUGCGUCAAGACUCGAGCACGAGCACGAAAAGAGUGCAGCGGAUGAUGCCGACGCGCGAGCUGGAGCUGGGCCCGAAUAAUGGCAAUUCGCCCUCUCCAUGCACAUCUCGUGGACUUGCAGCUGUGACCGGGAGCUCGGUGACAGCUCUUUGACCCGCGCAGUGCGGGAUCGCUGUUCGUCGGGAUGCCGCUUGAAGCUCUUAGAAGAUCAAUUGUCGAGGAAGUCUUCAGUUUACGAAAUGUGUAGCAAAUUUUAGCGGUUUUGUUCAUGAGCGGAGUCACUUGAAUUUUGCUACACAUUUUGUGAGGCCAUCCAUCAUUUGAAGGGAGAUUCUCGCAAGAUGGUGAAACGGAUGGGUGUGCGGCAAGUGCCGUGGCAGAGUUGGGCGCAUUGGCAGUUCGUAGCCGACGGAAUCUUUUCAGACAGUAACGAUCGGAUAGUCGCCGCGCAAAAUCGAAUCAAAGCCUGGCAGAGCAGGGGUAACGUGCCGAUUUCAGUGGAAACCACUGCUGCUCUAACGAGCAUUCAACAACGUGAUCCUCGUUUUAAUCAUGAUCUGCCUCUCGGAGGCGGUCUUCCUGAUGAUAUGCUUCAGAUGAUGUAUGCAAUGGCGGUUCAAAGGCUUGUCAAUGGAGUGGUUGAUGUGUCUUCAAGGCGCAAUAUAAGCUCAGUUGCGACAAGAGCGGAUUCAGCCGGCCUGCCCCGCCUACUGGUCGACAUCCGUCAUGAAACGGCACAUAAUGAACUUCCCGGAUUGCCUCUUCUGCAGUCAGCAAGCAAGCAGGCACUAGAAUGGUUGAAGGUGCACUACUGGGACCAGCAGAGGCAAUUGUUGGGAACCGCCCGUGAGCAGAUUAAGAAGAAGCUCUUGGCACAUUGUCAACUCGUCGUCGACAUUUUGACACCAAUCUCUCGACCAGAUGAGGAGGGAUCGGAUGAUGAGGGAGAUGAGAAUGCCAAACAACGGAUGGUGAAAGUGAUGAGAGCCAUGCGGAACAUUCAUAAACACAAUCUGGUUGUCAUGAAGCAGGAGCGAGGAAAAAUGUUUGAAGAGCUUAUGGACCUUUGUCUUAGUUCCCUCUCGGAUCUUGUCUCAAUACUGGUAGAUGACGGACUGCUGGAACAAGAAGUGUUGCCUGGCCAAGAAGAUGAUACUCGAGCGGAGAGUGACGGUGAUUUUACCACAGGUUCGUUUGAUUUGGCGGCUGCUACUUACACCGCAUGGCGAUACACCAUCUGCAAACUCUCAAGUGGACUCCCUCGAUUACCAGCAAUGCUCUUAGUCGCUAUCGUAAAACGAAUUGGAACUAGUCGGCCGAUUUCUGGACCGUCGCCAGAUUCUUUGGGGGAAGGCGCUGGAGCAAUCUCAGUAACAGCGGCACCAGCCGACAGCCCCAAAGAGAAUGUCGGAGUCCCACAUAACGCUUCAGGAUUGAAUCGACUAACAGCAUGGUGUGCUUGGCUUCUGGGAACUGAAGGAUCCGAAGCUUCUAACGAGUCAAUUUCGCAGGAAGCAGUGAGGUCGAGGACUCUGGGUAUAAAUAGGCAGCUGAGUGUGAAGGCAGAUUUGAACGAAGACCUCUGUCGUGAGCUACUGCGAUCUUCUCUGUACUUGUCAACCGAGAGGGGUCCGCAGGUUGAAUUGGUUUCGUUGAUCGCAUUGAAAGUCGGCAGCAAGAAAUUGCAACAGCAGGCACUUAUGCUCGCCCAUUUCGGUUCGACCAUGCGAAGAGUUUCUGAUGUCAGCCACGAAAAUAAUGAUGACAUGGAGACUGACUCAGUGCUCGCCUCCGGGGUUGCAUCCAAGCCAGCAGCUUCUGCAGGUCUGCCUGCAGGAGGAGAAACACCAGGUCCAGAUCAGUCUGAGCAACGAGAGCGGGCUACAACCGCAAGCCAUCUCGAUGCUUCGAACUACGAAGCGGUGAAGAGGCAGCAGCAAGAGUUUUUUACCAAAAUUGUAUUAGAAAGGAAAGCCGGGAGGAGGUUAAGCCUACCCUCUGAAGAUGAAGAAGAGAAUGAAGAGUCCAGGUCUCCUAUGGACGGAGAUGGACGUAAGUCAUUUAAGCCAAGCAUUGUGGCCCAGGCUGGAGGUCGCCUGGGAAGGAAGUGGACUGUAGCUGAAAAUUGGAGACCGUGUGCUCUUGGUAUGAUUCCUUCUCCUUACAAUAUUAUCGGGGUAUUGCCUUCACUUGAAUUCCGGUUACCAGAGGCAGACACUACCAUGUCGGUGGGACACGCAAAAAUGCCGGAUUUCUCUAGUAAGCAGCUGUGGGAAGUUCCUGUGGAGGAUACGGCUGAGGACAGAGUAGCUGAUUGUGAUACAAAGGCUUCUCUGCUAACCAGCGUGAUGAAGAGGAAAAGCGACGGCGAGCCGAGCUCACUGAUGGCGGAAAAGCGUGCAAAGAAAGCUGAUCGCCAUGUACAGUUCAGUGGGGUGGAUGAUGAGAAAAGGACGUGUAUACAGUCAUCACCCAUGAAGCGGAUUCGGGCGAGUGCGACACAGGGUUUUAGGGCAGAGCAUUUGCCGAGAGGAUCUCUGUUGCAAGGCUGUUUGCGUCAGCACGGGCAGUUGAUGCACUUUUCUCCCCAACAGUUAGAAUCACUGAAAGCCGCGGUCCAUGUCCUUUAAUGCGGCCCUUAUCUUGUAAUUUAUCCAUGAGCUGGAGAGAAAUUUUGUUGGUACAUCUCUACAAGUAGAACAUCUGAGAUAAACCUCAUACUUGGGCCUUUGCGUUGUGCGAAGCAGCUGAGAAGUAGAGAGACUGGACGUACGAAGAAAUAGGUUUAGUUUAAAAGGUGGGCUUUAGCUUUAGCCCGGUCUUCAAUUUUCACAAUCAUUGUCGGGUUGACACGGACUAUCAAAGGUUCUGUAUAAGAGAUAUCCUGGACCAAUGUGCAGAAAACAUGCCAUUUUGAAGCUUUGUGCUGAUUUGG